UGUUACGAAAUGGCGUCGAGUAAAGGGUUUUUAUGCCCUAAGAGAUGUAAAAGCAUGCCGAUAUCUCCACCCACAAUGUCUGAAGUGAGAAUUGUGCUGCUGGGGGAAAAUGUUCUCCUGACCAGUAGAGUGGGAAACUUCAUCCUGGGCAGAUCUGCAUUUGAGACUGAACUUCAUCUUCCUUCAGUAAAGCUGCACAGUGAGAGAGCCAGUGGUCACGUGGAGGGAAGAACCGUCAUCAUCAUCAACACGCCUCAUCUCUAUAAUCCACAUCUCUCCCAGGAGGAACUGGCUCAGAGAGUAAAGGAGUGCAUUUCUCUCGCUCAUCCUGGACCUCAUGUGUUUCUGUUAGUGCUUCAGUCAGAAAAAUUCACACAUGAGCAACACGACAGAGUCAGAAGCAUAUUGGAAACUUACAGCCCACUGUCUCGGAAACGCUCAAUAGUGAUAACUACAGGUGAAGACCAUGGAUUCAUCAGUGAAUGUGAAUUUAGACACCACAGAAUUCAGAAUGUAUCUAAAUUCAAUAAACAUCAGGUCCUUCAGCUUUUGUGGAAAAUAGAUGCAGUGGUGAAGGAGACCGGGGGAAGUGCACUACAAGAGAAGAAACACUCAGGAACACCGAGAAGACAUCAGGAACAUUUAAGUGAAAAAACAGCAAAAACAGUAAAGGAACAACUGGAGGAGAGUAAAGUGUCUGAAGUGAGAAUUGUGCUGCUGGGGGAAAACGUUCUCCUGACCAACAGAGUGGGAAACUUCAUCCUGGGCAGAUCUGCAUUUGAGACUGAACUUCAUUUUCCUUCAGUAAAGCUGCACAGUGAGAGAGCCAGUGGUCACGUGGCGGAAAGAACCGUCAUCAUCAUCAACACGCCUCAUCUCUAUAAUCCACAUCUCUCCCAGGAGGAACUGACUCAGAGAGUAAAGGAGUGCAUUUCUCUCGCUCAUCCUGGACCUCAUGUGUUUCUGUUAGUGCUUCAGUCAGAAAAAUUCACGCAUGAGCAACACGACAGAGUCAGAAGCAUAUUGGAAACUUACAGCCCGCUGUCUCGGAAACGCUCAAUAGUGAUAACUACAGGUGAAGACCAUGGAUUCAUCAGUGAAUGUGAAUUUAGACACCACAGAAUUCAGAAUGUAUCUAAAUUCAAUAAACAUCAGGUCCUUCAGCUUUUGUGGGAAAUAUAUGCAGUGGUGAAUGAGACCGGGGGAAGUGCGCUACAAGAGAAGAAACACUCAGGAACACUGAGAAGACAUCAGGAACAUUUGAGUGAAAAAACAGUAAAGGAAAACCUGGAGGAGAGUAAAGUGUCUGAUCUGAGAAUUAUUCUGUUGGGAAAAAGUCUCGCCGACACCGGCAGUGUGGGAAACCGCAUCCUGGGCACAACUGCGUUUGAGACUGAAGGGUCUCGACAUUCAGUAUCAUUUCAGUGUGGGAGAGUUAGAGGACAUGUGAAGGGAAGAUCCCUCACCAUCGUCAAUGCACCUCAUCUUUUUCAACAAAGCCUCUCGAAUCAUCAGCUCACACAGUCUCUUAAAGAGUGUGUGUCUCUGUCGGCUCCUGGACCUCAUGUGAUCAUGCUAAUUGUACAGCCAGAAGAUUUCACUGAAGCAGACAAAAGAAGAGUGGAUCACAUUCUUUCAGAUCUGUCUGAGGAGGCUCAUAAUUACACCAUGGUGCUAACGACAAAGAACAUAGAAAUCGGCACCAGUGUAGCUCAAGAUCAGGAAACUGUCCUACAGGAGAUCAUUGCUGAAUGUAAUUACAGACAUUUAAAUUUCAGUGAAUGCAGCCAGGAUGCUCUUGUGAAGAAGAUGGAAGAGAUGGUCAAGGUGAAUAAAGGAAACCUUAUCUGUGAGGUAUAUGAAGAAGCCGACUCUGCAGUAGGCCAAAAACCAUCUGAGCAAUUCAGAGGUCAACUGGAAAAUCAAGAAACAGUAGGACUGGGAGAGCAUACUAAACCAAAAAAGCAAGGAAAGUCUGGUCCUGCAGGCAUUAAAUCUGCAUUUAAUAUAUUUAAAGGUGGAUUAAAUGUGAGAAAGAAGGAGCACAGUGAAUUAAAAGAGACUCCACAUUUGAACCUAGUGCUGCUGGGAAUGGAAGAAUUAACGGCCUCAGUGUCUGAAAUAUUAUUGGGUAAAAAGUCCUCACUGGUCCAGUCAGAGUCCAGCUCCGAGUGUGUGGUAAGGAAGGGAGAAGUGUGUGGACACCUGAUAACGCUGGUGGAGAUGCCCGCUCUCUACAACACUCGGCUCUCAGAACAGGAAGUGAUGCGUCUGACUCGACACUGUGUCUCUGUCUGUGAUCCUGGAGUCCAUGCUUUCUUUAUCAUGGUUCCUGGAGGUCUCAGUGAUGAAGAUAAAGCAGAAAUACAGAUGAUUCAGAGGGUCUUCAGCUCCAGCAUUAAUAACCAUGUCAUAUUCCUCAUCAACCAGCAGUCGCAGAAGGAACAGAUAGAUCAGACUCUUCAGUCUGUGAUAAAGACACAUGGAGGACGAUCUAGAUUCUACAGCAGCAAAACAAAAGCAGAUGAUCUGUUUAUCUGUGUUAAAGAUCUUCUUAAAAACAACAACAAUCGUCCGUACACGAUGGCCAUGUACAAUGAUGCCCAGGUUGAAACACAGCUGCGGUACAAAAGAGAAAUUGAAAAUCUGCAACAACAAGUGACUGAAUUCAAGACGAGGACUCAAACAGAAGAUUUAUCAAAAAGCCCUGAAGCUCUCAGAAUUGUGCUGUUGGGGAAGACAGGAGUUGGGAAGAGCGCAUCAGGAAACACCAUUCUGGGGAAAAACGUAUUUAAAGAAAUGAUGUCACUGCAGUCAGUUACCACUGCGUGUCAGAAAGAGACAGUAGAGCUCAGUGGGAGACGGAUUACUGUGAUCGACACUCCAGGACUGUUUGACACAAAUACUGAUAAUGAAGAAACCAAGAGAGAGAUUGUUAAAUGCAUAUCGAUGGCAGCACCUGGUCCUCACGUGUUCCUGCUGGUGCUGAGAAUCGGACAACGCUUCACACAGGAGGAGACAGAGGUAGUGAAAUUCAUUGAAAAGACUUUUGGUAUAAAAUCUAACACGUACACCAUCGUACUCUUCACCUGGGGUGAUCAACUUAAUGAACAGACAUUUGAACAGUAUAUGAAAAUUGCUGAGCCAGAAUUAAACAAACUUCUGUUAGCCUGUGGUAAACGAUAUCAGGUGUUCAACAACUGUGAUAAAUCCAGCAACACUCAGGUGUCAGAGCUCCUGGAUAAAAUCGACUUAAUGGUGAAGGUGAACGGAAGAGGCUACUACACUAAUCAGAUGUUCCAGGAGGUCGAGGAAGCUCUAGAAGAAGAAAAGGAGAGAAUACUGAAAGAGAGAGAGGAGCAGAUAGAGAGAGAGAAAGAAGAACUGAAGACCAAACAUGAAGCUGAAAUGGAGGACAUGAGGAGAGAGAUGCAGAAACAAAAAGAAAGACAAGAGGCAGAGGAGAGAAGACAAGAGGAAGAAUUUAAACAGAGAGAAGAGCAAAUAAAAAGAGAGAUGGAAAAAAGGGAACAACAGGUAAGACAGGACUUUCAGAAGAGAAGAGAAGACGAUGACAUGAAGAUGAAGGAAUGGAUGCAACAAAUAAACAGAGAGAGAGAGGAGAACAGGAAACAGUGGGAGAGAAAAAGACAGGAAGAUCAGAAACAGAGAGAUCAGGAGGAGGAGGAAAGGAGGAGGAAAGAACAAGAGUGGAAGGAGAAACAGAGAGCGGAGAAUGAGAAGUUUCAAAGAGAAAAAGAAGAGAUGAAAAUUCAUGAAGAAAAAGAAUUAAAGAAACUACAACAGGAGUAUGAACAGAAGGCAGCAGAAGAAGACAGGAGAAGAAGGGAUUUAGAAGAAAAGAUAAAGGAUGCAGAGGAAAGUAAAAAGAAGGAACUACAGGAUCUUCAGUUUUCUCAGCAACGAGAGUGGGAGCAGAGGAUGAGGGAGGAGGAGGAGAAGAGAAACAAACAGCAGGAGGUCUGGGAGGAAAGAAUUGCUGCUAUGGAGGAUGAAUGGCAUUCAGAUCAGAUUAGGAAGGAGAGUCAGUAUGAGCAGGAAAGACAGAAAGAAAUGGAGGAGAGAGAUUUAAGAGAGAAGGAAAGAAAAGAGAAAGAAGAACAAGAAAAGAAAAGAAGAGAAAAUGAUUUCAAUGAAAAGAUCAGAAAUAUGGAGGAACAGCUAAAGGCACAAAGAGAAAAAGAUGAGAGAGAAAGAAAGGAAAAGGAGGAAGAACUCAAAAAGGAAAUGGAGGAAAAACUACGGAAACAACAGGAAGAUUUCAGAAAGGAGAAAGAAGAAGAAGAAAGAAAACACAAGGAGGAGGAGGAGAGAAAUCUUGCCUUCAUUACAGAGCAACACAAGAAAGAACUGGAGACCCAGAAAGCACAGACAGAAGCAGCAGCCAGGAAACAGGCAGAGGAAGAAUUUAAAGCUCAACUUGAUGCAGAAGUUAAAGAGGCGAAGUGUAAAGGGUUUGCAGAGGGCCGUGCACACGUCGAGUCAGAAAGAACAACACCAGGCAGAGCUAUCGAUGGAUUUAUUAAUUAUUUCUACUAAAAUGAAGAACAAAAGGAAACUGAAUGAAAGCUUGUUUGAAAUUCAUUCAGACUUGAUGUUUUUUAAUCCACAUUUUUUAGUUAAUAUCAGUUUAUCAGUAGAUUAACAUGUGAUUUAUAUCAACAGCAUUAUGCUUUGUUUCAGGUCGGUUUGCCUCUAUUUUAAUUACAUUGUGGGUUUUUUGUAACAUAAAAUUAGAUUCUGUAUUUUUUAAUAUAAAUAUCUUAUUUCUGUUUCUGCGGUUACUGAUCUACUGGGGUUUAAAUCUGAAGCACAACGACACAGUUACCCUCCAUAUUCCUUUAUUUUACCUCCAAAUGGACCAUUAAUCAAUCAGAGAUGCACGACAUGGACAAAAGUCCCUGAAUAUAAUAUAUUUGUGUUUGUUGUGUGCAUUAAUAUGGAGUUCACGCACUCUUCACUGCUGUAACAGACCAAUUCACAGAUACCAACAUCACUAACAAGAAAUUCACAGCACAGAGAGAAACACAGAUUGUUACCACUGAUCGUGUAUAUCAGUGGAGAAAACGGAUAUUUAACUGCAAUUUGCAGAAAUGUUUGUAUUUAAAAGCAACCAGCUGAAUGCAUAAACAAAUAUUAUUUGGUUAUUAUACAACAUUUACAGAAGUGUAGUUGCUCUGCAGUGUGCUCCAUGUCCAUAGAACAACAAACUGCCUUUAAAUGCAGUGGAAGAGUUUUAUUACCUCGCCGGGGCGGAGUCCACCAGGGGGCGAGGCAUUGUUUUCAGUGGGGUUUGUUUGUAUGUUUCUUUGUUUUUUGUUAAUGAUACUACAGGAAAACAGCUGGACCAAUCCUCAUGGUACCCUCUAUACUGAAAUAUCUUAAAUGUCGACUCGCACAGUACUUUCAGCUCGGUUCUUGUUCUUGUUUGUCGCAGAUAAAAUAAUUGCAAAUUAUGUAUGUAAACAAAGUGCUGUAACCUUUGAAAUAAGCAUUUUUUCAUUGCUAUGCUUACUAUUAUUAUAAAUAUAAUUUUUGUUAUACAUUUUAAAAUUAUUCAUAUUCAAAUCUCCAAAUUUGAUAAUGUCAUCACAUUUAAAAUGUUGUUAUGAAUGAUUUAAUUCCUGGCCAUCUGAAAGACACACAGAGACACAUUAAUAAAGAGCCAGUAAUUAGAUGCAGGUGUUACAUGUUUAUUCCAUGUUCCCUGUUGGUUCAGCCUGACUCCUUGCUGUUAACAGCUGACGCUCAGCCACGCCCUCACUGCCACAAUCUCGUUAUAACUGUAUUCCAAAACUUUGG